GAAGUGGUGGUAGUAUUUCCCACAUGCAGUCUCCCCGCUGCUGAUGAACGGAAAAAGAGAAUGUCUAAACAAAGUGAUAAAGAAGUGGAAAAGAUCAUUACUUACGGAACGCCUACUUUAAGCGAUUGGAAAAUAUAUCUGCGGAAUUUGCAACAAAAUCCUACCAUUCAAAACAUGGCAACACCCGAUUCAUCGUCAUCUGAAUCGUCAUUUGAGUUGGAGGAAAGCUUCAAAGCGCUACUGGAUCGUAAACGGCGAGAAAUGCAAGAAAAAAUAAUUGAUGAACGGAUGCUAGCGGAAGAUUCCGAUAUGACGACCCGAGAGGUAGCCGAAACCGAGAAAACAGCAACCGGUAAUGAUUCAACAUUUUUCGAGCAGGACUCGAUCUGCAAAAUAUCCGACGCAAGCUUCGAUGAGAUGGAGCGAAUAUGCGCUGGAUUGGACAAAGUACAUGGUUUCGAUACCAGCGUUACAGUGAAAGAAGAUUCUGUUAAACCUACUGCAUCAGCUCUGCAACAAUCGGUAACAAUCGGCGACGUUACACAGCUUGAAGAUAUCGAUGAACCAUCCGGUUUGUGGGAAAACACAAUGUUACCCGCUCUUUCGCCCGUAAAGCGCAUGCACAUGCUGAGACCGUCAACGAUUCUGGAGGAAUCAACAAUGUCUGGACCAGCCGAAGCAUCUAAAAAUUCAUCCAUCGAAACGUACAUUUCGGCGAAACAGGUAACGGAAUCAGCAAACAGAGAUUCCGCUACCAGCUGCAGUGAUGUGUACCGGACGGCACAAGAUACGUUCGAAACAGAUUCUUACGCACGUAGCAGCAUGUUGGAAACGGAUUCUGGAUUGACGAACGACUUUACUGGAGUCGAUAAUCGCACUAAUGACCGUCCGGUAGACGGGUACAGUAACAAUUCUACCAGAGAGGCAGACUCGUUAGAAGAAGAGCAGAAUGUAAUCGUUUUGAAUAGCAGCGAAAGUGACAUUGAAGAGCAGGGUAAGGAGGAAGAACACGAGACACUGGGAGCUACCUUUCCAUUGGAUUCAUUGGCCAGUGAGCGUGAUGAUAGCCUAGUAGAUCGUGAACCAACCUCGCUGGCUUACGGUGAGCAUGAAGAAUCUACACACAACUACCCGGAUGAAGUUUCGGUGCUGGAUGACAUGCCGGAUCAUUUUAACGAUACCCUAGAGGAGACAGACUUCAUGAUGAAACAGGGCUUGAAGCUUUUGGCAUUAAAGAAACGACAGCAACAGGCACAGGAACAUCGUAACCAAAUGGUGCAGCAGGAAAAGAAUCAAAUGAUAAAAUCGCGAACCAACUCCGGAUCAGAUGAUGGAACUCGUCCACUGUUGCUUACUCCUAUGGGUAAGAAUAUCAAACAAGGUACGCCUGUAGGAUCGCAUCUUUCAUAUCUUACGCCUACUAGUGGUAUGAGCUCCAAGUUAAACAUUGCCCACGGAGGACACAGCGUAGGGUUGAAGCAGACACUGUUUUCCAGCGUGGGAAAGAACAGUGCCCCAAAGAACCCUACCUGCGGUGGUGCUGCUUCGGUGGGGUCCUUCAAGAAACCGGUGAGCCGUUUGCCUCAUUUGAAAGUAACGGGUCGAAAGUUUGACCAUAUCGUAUCGCCUAUUGGUGCGUACAUCAAAAAAACACCCCAGAGCAUGCUGCAGACGAAGAUAAACUGCCACAACAAGAAUCUCAUCGAUGUGCUGCACAGUGAAAAUCGGGACAGUGGUGUCAGCAACGGAAGCAGCCAUGGAUAUAAAGAAAACCAUGGCAUUGAUCUAAAGGGAUACACCUCAUCACUGCCAGGGAAAGGCGUUAUCAGUUCAAAUCGUGCCCAUGUCCUGGACGAAAGGAACGUCGUACGAAUUCCGGGCGGAGAAAAGAUGCAGAAACUGAUCAAUAAUUCGCCCACGAUGGUCAUUCGUCACGAGGGGCGUAUCAAAUUCGCCGAGCAACAAACUGCCGGUGGUGGACGUAAGCUAACGCACAACAUGAGCGCGAUGACUGACGACAGUUUGGCCGACUUGUCCGUGCUUUCCAGCGAUGUGUCCGUCCGUGUGCUGAAGGAUGCGAAACGCUACAAUUGAUGCGGACCAUGAAUUUAUCUACUUUUUACACACAUUUUUGUACUACGAUGGUGGAUGUUAUAACAAGUAAAAUAACGGAAUAAACUACCACGAUGAACAACGA